ACAGUGAGGCGGACAGUAACCUGAGGGCUUAUUAACUUUAACACCUGGGUUUAUUUCACCUUUACCUGACUGACAUCUUUAAAACUUAUAUGUUUUUUGUGUUGUUUAUGUUUAUGUUUCACAUCACAGCUCAUAUAUUAGAUUAUUUUCCUACUUUUCUUCAUGGCAAGUGGACUGGGAGAUGAUCGCUUAGUAUGGCUGAGGCUCCUUCACCGGAGCCGGGAUGGCUUUUAGCCGCAUCCGCAAACUGGACGCCCCUUCCCGAGGCAUCCUCCCCAGGAAAGCGGUGGUCAUGCUCUGCUCCCUCCUCGCUCCUCUCCUCCUCCUGCACCUCCUCUCCUCCGCGCGCUGCUCCUCGCCGCUCAGAGGCUCCCUGCGAACCAAGCGGCUGACGCGCGAGCGGAGCGCCGCCGGACCGGAGCCGGACGGCCACCGGAUUGCGGAUGAGUCUCCCGCUUUGCCCCCGGAUCUGGUGGUUAAUCCGAGGUUCGCAGGGAAGGUCAGUCCGCUCGGGGAGGGCAGCAAGAAGCUCCCCCAGGCUCUCAUCAUCGGGGUGAAGAAAGGAGGGACCCGGGCUCUGCUGGAGUUUCUGCGGGUUCAUCCGGACAUCAGGGCGGUGGGAGCGGAGCCGCACUUCUUUGACCGCAACUAUGACAACGGCCUGGAGUGGUACAGGGAUCUGAUGCCGAAAACCUUGGAGGGCCAGAUCACCAUGGAGAAAACUCCCAGCUACUUUGUGACCAGAGAGGCACCGGCGAGGAUAUCCGCCAUGUCCAGGGACACCAAACUGAUCGUGGUAGUGAGGGACCCUGUCACCAGAGCCAUCUCAGACUACACGCAGACUCUGUCUAAGAAGCCCGAUAUUCCCUCCUUUGAGAGUCUGACCUUCAAAAACAGGACUACGGGGCUCAUUGACACCUCGUGGAGCGCCAUCCAGAUCGGCAUCUACGCCAAGCACCUGGAUAACUGGCUGCAGUACUUCCCCAUGGACCAGAUCCUCUUUGUUAGCGGCGAGCGUCUGAUCACCGACCCGGCCGGAGAGCUGGGCCGCGUGCAGGACUUCUUGGGCCUCAAGAGGAUCAUCACAGACAAACACUUUUACUUCAACCAGACCAAGGGAUUCCCGUGUCUCAAGAAGGCAGAGGGCAGCAGCAAGCCUCACUGCCUGGGAAAAACCAAAGGGAGAACCCAUCCGAACAUUGAUCCCGAGGUGGUGCAGAGGCUACGGGACUUCUACAGACCCUUCAACAUGAAGUUCUACCAGAUGACCGGGCGUUUCUUUGGCUGGGAUGACUGAAUGUCUUCGUGCCGGACUCAAACUGAAUAUGGUGCUGCUGCUGUGCAGCUGUGGUGCGGGCAAGCUGCAAAAAGUCUCACAUUGAACUGCAGAGUUUAAAACAUCCCUAAUAUGUGCUGCU